UGUAAAAAUUUGUGAGCAAAUUCGAAUGAUUUUACCAUGUUAUGCACUGACUCAUAGUCUGAUACAGAGCUAUAAUAAGGUUGAUACGCCGGGUGUUACGCAUACCUGUCAUAUUUUAUUGUAAAGUGGGCUUACAGGUUAUGUUGUCAGUAAGAUAUAAUUUGAAGGCAUGGAAGCGGAUUCUUUUUCGUUAAUCGGAUUGCCUUUAAAACUAAUCAUGGAGAGCACAAUGAUAUAGAAAAGACAGACCAUUAAAUAUUUCAAAUACAAAAACCUAGGCAAAGUGUACGUAUCAUUUGCACUUACAGAAAUCUACGAACCUUUCUCGGUGGAUAUUAUUGGAAAUAAAAAAUGAUUUCCUACAGUAGAGUUUUACAUUGCAGAUUAUUUAGUUAGCACUUUGCAAACCUUUUAAAAUGCUAUUGAACAAUGGUACCAUGCUAGAAGUGCCUGGGAGCUUUGUAAGUUACUUAACUGUAUGCAAGUUCCUUACAUGUACAGCGGCGUACUUGCUCUACCGGCACUGGUACCAAAUGCCACGUAGUUUUCCUCCCGGCCCAAGGGGAAUUCCUAUCCUUGGAGUCCUGCCGUUGCUUGGACGCCAUCCAGAACGAAAACUCAACGAAUGGAAGAGGGAAUAUGGACCAGUGAUGGGCGCUCGUGUUGGGAGAAAAAACUGGGUCGUCUUGGGAGACUGUGCGAGUAUCAAAAUGGCCUUGAUGGGCGAAGGAGAUAUUUUCUCGGGAAGGCCAAGCCCGCAUAAGAAAGAAGAUGGGAUUGUCUUCCUUGAUAACGGUCGCUCGUGGACGAUGCACAAAACGUUGGGACUUCUCGCGUUCCGUGGUUUUGGAAUCACAGAAAACAAAAGUUUAGAGAAACAUGUCAUCGAGGAAGUCUCUUAUUUGAAGGAAGCUGUUCGUUCUAAAAGAGGGGUAGCGUUUUCUAUCGAUACAAUUCUUACGAAUGCUGUGUCUAAUGUGUUAUGUUCAAUUUUGCUUGGACAGCGAUUUCAAUACAGUGAUCAAAGGUUUAAGAGGAUAAUUCACCAACUCUCACGGAGAUUUUACAACCCACUUGGUGCUAGUGCUUCCACCGGCUUCGGUUUUGAAGCCUUAACGAAUUUCUUUCAAAAGAGGAAACAGACACGACGGCAGAAGCUAAGCAUUUUAAAACGAACCCUUCUCGGGUUUAUAAACAUACACGAAAAGACAUAUGACAGCACGAACAUUAGGGACUUUAUUGACGCCUUUCUUCUGCUCAAGCAUCGCCAACUGGACGAGUCAUUUAACGACAAACAGUUAAUACAUUAUAUAUACGACUUAUUUUUGGGCGGGACCGAAACAACGACUGGUACCCUACGAUGGGCCAUUCUGUGUUUACUGCAUUAUCCUGAAAAGCAAGCCAAGUUACGGAAAGAAAUAAUUCAAGUACUCGGGGAUCAAGAAGUUACAAUUCUAAAGAAACACGAGAUGCCGUAUGCAAGCGCUUUCAUUCACGAAGUGUAUAGAUUCAGGACUUUAUUUCCUCUUGGUUUACCACAUAAAACAAGUCAUCAGGUUAUAUUGGACAGCUACGUUAUACCACAGGGAACAACGGUAUGCACUAAUCUUUGGGCGGUACACAACGACCCAAAGGUAUUUGACGAGCCCGAGGAAUUUAAACCUGAGCGUCAUCUUUAUGGAAACGGGGAGUUCGGACGCUCCCCCUACGUCAUACCCUUUUCAGUUGGACCUCGUCACUGCUUAGGCGAGCAGCUAGCAUCUAUGAUGUUGUUUAUAUAUUUAGUUUCACUGGUUAGGAGUUUCGAAUUUCUUCCGGAUCCUAAGUUAAACGGUUUACCUGAUAUAAAAAGCGGUGCCAGCGGCCCGGUGUUUUUGCCUAAAAGUUUUAAUGUCGUGGCUCGAGAGCUGUGAUUCGAGUACAUCGACAACGCUUAUAACUGAAGUUCUUUUCACACCAUUUAUGCAUAUAUUAAUACGAUUAAGUUAUAUACUGUACAUUUGGCACAUUUUUUAACCAUGCUUGCAAUUUGAUUUUAAAAUGAUAUAGCGUUGGCACUGUUUUUAAUGAAAUACACCGUUUUAUAGUGUAUAUAGUAGGGUGGGGGGAGACGGGGCACUUUACCAUAUAAUCACCCCCCAAAUGGGACGAGAAAAUAAAAUUAUAAAUGGUUUCCCAUCUUCCGCCACCCUACUAUACAUAUUUCAUGCGUUACUGUUGUUUUAGAACCCGUCGUUCGACUUGCAAUAAAUGUCUGUUUGAACUGCUUUCAUUUCAAAA